CGGUGUUUUGCGAUAUACGUCAAGUACCAUCACUAAUUAUUGUCAAAAACAAAAAUUAAUUUGGUUUGCAGAUAGUCUGUUUAUUUUUCAAAAAUGACCGAUCCGAACGUACCAAGGGGAGCAAUAAGUUAUCAGAAUGUGCUGAAAUAUUCGGUACAACACCACGACCAAACUGGACAGCCAAAAUUGGAUGAAGCACCAGAUGUUGAGAGACAUGAAUUCUUGGCAAAUGCCCUAAAUGCCAUGACAACAGAUGCAUCAGCAGCACUAAAAGCAGCUUUGGUCAUACUCAAUAGUGAUGAAGCCAGCACAGAGGAUCAAAUCGAAAGUCUAGAGGCCAUAAGGACAUACAUUGACGAUAUCGAUAAUGCCAUCUCCCUGGUAAAGCUCGGUGGAACCGCGACUCUACUUCGCUAUAUAAAGGAUUCAGAUAGUGAAGUACGAAUUUCGGCACUCAAUACAGUUGCUGAAGUGGCACAAAAUAAUAUCUUUUGUCAAAACGCCCUCAUAAACGAUAAGUUUUUACCUGUACUUACAAAGAACUUGAGCAAUGCCAAUCAAGACAUCGUGCGGAGUUCAAUUUAUGCGAUAUCAUCGCUAAUACGAAACUUUCAGCCGGGAUAUAAUGAGUUUAAACGAAUAAAGGGUAUCAGAGCUUUGAUACCCUGUCUAAAAUCAACAAACUCGAAUGUCUACAUAAAGACCGCAUUUCUUAUAGCAUCUUUAACGUCGGGGGACAAGUCGGUCAGAGAUGAUUUUGUCAAGGCGGAGGUAUUUCCUGUGCUAGUGGAAAAUCUAAAACCCAUUGAAGAAUAUGAUGUGAAGCAAGAAACCACUUUGUUUGCGCUAUCUUCUCUUUCAUUGGAAUCAGAUUUAAAACUGUCCACAGAGAAGCGCAAUGACAUCUUGUCUUCUCUACAACUUUUUAUUUCGAAAAACAAACAGACGGAAAAUUGCGAAGAAAUGGUUAACUAUGCAAGAAUUAUUGUGGACAACUUAAAUGCACGUUAAGCCUUAAAAGAAAUAAAUUUUGCACGUAAAUAGGAUGAUAAAUAAAAAAUGUGGACAAAUCAAA